GUGUAGUUUGUAAUUUCGGGUAUUCGUAUUAAAUCUGAUAUUUAUUUUGAACAAAUCGAUACUUUAGUUUUUUGUAAAUUUUUGUUUAAUAUUACAUUUUUUUCUAGUGUAGUAGUUCCAACGUUUUUUCCUCUAUGUACAAAAUUAAUGGAAAAUAAACUUUACAGUUCAGUCUCAGAGUCAGACAGUUGAACCCUAACUAAACUGUAUUUAUAAUAAAAUUCAAUUGUUUUAUGAAUUACGUUAUGUCCAGUUACGAUACGAUAAUACAUCUUUUUGCUGGCGGAAUUGGUGGAACAGCAGGUGCUAUUGCAACAUGUCCAUUAGAGGUAGUUAAAACACGACUUCAGUCAUCUGUUGCAAACUUUAGUUAUGUGUAUGUGCCGUCAGCUCCUUGCAACCCCUCAAUAAACAAUACAAAUCAUCAGUGUCAUAUAUACACUUACAGUACUUCAACAAGUUGUAACUCUACCCCAGCAGAAAGUUCUUUCUCUCCAGUUCUCAAUUCCACAACUUCAACAACUAGACAACAGACAAUUGGCAUUUGGCGUUGUCUCAAACACAUAGUAGAAAAUGAAGGUGCCAGGGCACUCUUUAAGGGUUUAGGUCCAAACCUUGUCGGUGUUGCCCCUUCUCGGGCUAUAUAUUUUUGCACAUAUUCUCAAACAAAGGGUUUUUGUAAUGCACACCUCACACCAGAUACACCGUGGGUCCAUAUUGUAUCUGCAGCUAGUGCUGGGUUCAUGUCCUGUUCUGUAACUAACCCUGUCUGGGUUGUGAAGACUAGGCUACAAUUAGAUCAAAGAACAUUUGGAAGUACUUCAGCAAGAAACUGUAUUCAUGGGAUUUACAGAUCUAAGGGUAUACGAGGAUUUUACAAAGGACUCAGUGCUUCUUAUUUUGGUAUCUCAGAAACUAUUAUUCAUUUUGUGAUUUAUGAGUUUAUCAAAGCAAAGCUAAGAGAAAGUUCUUUGAGGAGAAGGAGAAAUUGUUAUGAUCCAAAUGCUAAAUCUAGUAGGGACUUCCUUGAAUACAUGUUUGCAGGAGCAGUUUCUAAAAGUUGUGCAUCAUCAAUAGCAUACCCACAUGAGGUGGUGAGAACACGGCUUCGCCAGGAAGGAGACAAAUAUAGGUCCUUCUUCCAGACACUAUCAUUAGUCUUCAAGGAGGAGGGUUGUCGAGGAUUGUAUCGAGGCCUGGCUACCCAAUUGGUGAGACAAAUUCCCAACACUGCUAUUAUGAUGGCAACUUAUGAAGCUGUUGUUCAUCUCCUCUACAGAUCCAUUCAUCAGGUUCCUAUCUCUAUGGAGAUGUGUGAAGAGGAGGAGUACUGAACAAGUCUUCAGUGAUGUCAGCCUGUGCAAAAAAAUUAGAGGUUCCUGUUCUUAUUUUUCCCUACUUGUAUAUGUUUUAGAGACUAUGGCUUUAUGUAUAUUAAUAAUAGAGCAUGUAGAUAGCACAGAUUAGUAAUGAGUGUGUCAGAACACCAGACUUUUCCUUAUAUGAAGAGAAAGAAGGUUAAACCUUACCUCUGAGUGUGUUUCACCUGCCUGAUACAAUACCAAGUGGAUUCACAAUACUAAUUAUUCCCGAGUUUGGCAAUGUGGAGUUACAGUAACCACAGAAACUACUUGUUGUUAGAAUGUCAGCUAGUGGACAGUUUGUUGAGUAAAAUCUAUUUUGCUGAAACUUAAAAAUAGUACAAGUGAAAUUAAACAUAGAUAAGAAAAAAGUUUAUGAAUUUGUAAGAGUGAGCCAUAUCAUACUUCAUGGUACAGUGAUGUUUUCAUUUAGUUCUAAUACUUGUCAAUCAAUGUUUUUUGUCUUGUGUCCUAAUCUGAAAACAAAAGCCAAAGCUGUUUGUUGUUUAUUUCCAUGUUUUUAAUCAACAAAUCAUUACAGUAUACAGAUUCAAACUAAAUUUUGUUAUUCAACUUAAUUCAGUAUGCAUUGAACUUUAAUUUUAGUUCUAUUAUGGCAAAAACGAUUUCUCCCUCUGAUUUAAAAACAAAAAAUUGUCAGUUAUAUUCUGUAUAUAUUAUAUAUCAAAAAUGUUUACAUUUUAUUGCAUGUUAUAAAAACAACACACCAUAUGAAGUGUUUUUAGUAUACCAGUGCAGCUGUAUUUUUUUUUCAGAUGUUUUUACAUUUCAGAUCAUGUGGUCAUACUGCUAUACUGUAUUGGAUAUGUUUGACUAACAUCCUUAAAUUUUACUAUUACAUUUAUUAAUUGAAAGUGAUAUAAUUUUUUCCAAUUUUAAAAAACGUAUUACUUCAAGUAUGAAAAUUAAGUUAUUUCUAGUGUAACAACUCUUUUUUUAUUAAUGAUAUAUAUACUUUCCUACUCAAAAUAAAGUCCAAAUUAUAAACUUUUGUAGAAAAUGUUGCAUAGGAUAAGUAGUCAUUAAUUUGUCAGUUUCUAAUAAAUUUCAUUAUCUGUACCAUUUUCAGGUUGUUGUUUUUUCUGCACAAGUCAGUAAAAGUCUAUAAUAAGAAAUCUUGCAUACAUCAAAAAUUACAAUUAUGUAGUAAUCUAAGAACCUGUUUAACAUUUCAUAGAACAUUAAAUGUAUAAAAAAAUAGAAUAGUAUGUAAAGAAUUGAAAAAUACUUGUCAUUAUGAAUAGUGUAGGUAUUAUAGAUAUUUGAGUGUCAUCAAAUUUAGGUCCAAGAAGACAGUUUUGCCUCUUCUAGCUAUAAGAUUGUAAAAAAAAAAA